AUGCAAGCGACGAUAUUGAGUGCACUUUACGUCAAAUCAGAUUUAGAGGAUGCCCCAAACUACAAGGCAAUAUCGUACGCGUGGGGCAAUCCUGCAAACAAGGUCAAUGUGCACUGUGAUGGCAAGCUCAUUGUGGUCACACGAAAUCUCAGAGAUGCGCUGCUUCGACUUAGGUUCAAAGACAAGGCGCGACUUCUUUGGGCUGACGCGAUAUGUAUCAAUCAGAGCGACGACGUGGAGAAGGGAUCGCAGGUUAAAAUUAUGCAGACGAUAUAUGGGAAUGCGACUGGAGUGUGCGUUUGGCUGGGAUGCGGCACCGCAGAGAUGCAACCGGCUUUUAAACUCAUAGAUGAUAUAGUCAGCCAUGAGAGCUCAACAAGCGCUGACAGAACGGAGCUUCCAGAUCCUACUUCGAGAUGUUGGUCGACACUUGGUGCUUUCUUCUCUGCAGCCUGGUUCACUGGACUCUGGGUCGUUCAGGAGGUCUACAACCACGCGUGUACCGUCUUCUGCGGCGAACACGAGAUGCGAUGGCAGGAUCUCGUCCUGAUUGCGGAAUUUCUCUGGGAGGAUCCCUUAAAUGCAUAUCCCGGUUCUAGAGGGGAUUCAAUUUCGAUAUUACAGAUUAAUUCUGCCGGCCACAGCCACGCAACAUCUGGUGUAUUCGAUCGAUUCCGCCACUUCAACUGCUCCGACCAGCGCGACAAAGUCUACGCACUGCUAUCUUUUCCACCUCUCUCUAGCCUGCGGCCAUUGAUCCAACCAGAUUACAGCAAGUCCGUUGCAGAAGUCUUCGAAGAAGCUACAGUGAGGAUCAUUACGUCCUCUCAAAACCUCGGCCUGCUAUCUAGCCUUGAGCAUGAUUGUGAAAUCGAGGACGAGGACUGGCCAACUUGGGUUCCGAGGUGGGAUCGCUCUCGCAACGUUCAGGUUCUGCACAAAUACUCCUCGGGGAGAGUGCACUCAUCCUUACCUCGCAUGCAUCACCAGCCGAGAAUCCUCACAUUAGAAGGUGUCCGUAUUUCCACAUCGUCAUGGUGCGGUAUGGUGAUAGAGAUAGUGGGAGCGACGGCACGAUAUAGCGAAUCUCAGAGGGAUCCCCUCAAACAGCCUCUCCAGGAAUUGUUAAAUACUCUUCCUAAGGUAACACAUCCAAACGACCCUCUUCUUCUCCGCAUUGGCAUGACACUUAUAGUCGGCCUCGAUCUACAAUCGAAAUGCCCUCCUCUCGACUUGGCUCAAUUCCGCCUCGAUUUCCUCGCAUAUCUAAGAGAUAUCUUACCCUCUCUAUAUAUGCUUUGUUCUACGCACCAUUUGUCACAACUCUUGAUGGAACAGGCACAAGUAGGUGACGCACCAAGAUUCUAUGCCGCAGCUUUCCGUGGAAGCAAAAACAAACGAAUCUUCUGCAUGCAGAACGGAGAAUUCGGCAUAGGUCCUCGAGCGGCGCGGGCUGGUGAUCUGGUCGUUUUAUUGUAUGGUAGUAAUGCUCCCAGCGUGCUGCGGCCAAAGGGAGAAUAUUAUCAAUUUGUGGGCGAAUGCUAUGUGUAUCAGCAUAUGCAUGGUGAAGCGAUUGAGAUGGCUGCUGAAAAAUUGUUGCCUGUUGAGAAGUUUGAGUUGAGGUAG